AUGGCAGCCAACUACUGGGUUUCAACCCAGCGCAAGUACUGGACAUUCACUCCCGAAAAGCUCCUUGAAGUACGAGACGACCUCGAGAAGCUCAACGCCAAAGUCCUUGAACAGUGGCCGUACCCGGAUCGAAGGCUCAUGUUCAUCUUCCUCAGAGACAAGAUCCUGCAGUUAGGCAAAAGGCUGCAGUUCCGCCAACAAUGUGUCGCCACCGCCAUGGUCUACUUGCAUCGGUAUUUCUUGUCGACCCCGAUGCAGAACGUCAACCUCUAUCUGCUGGUUGCCACAGCGUUCUAUCUCGCUUCUAAGACGGAAGAGUCCCCACAUCAUAUCCGUCUUGUUGCCGCCGAAGCACGUCAAGCAUGGCCUGAAUUCGUGCCCGGUGAUGUAUCCAGAUUGGGGGAAAUGGAGUUCUGUCUCAUUUCGGAAAUGCGUUCACAACUAAUUGUCUGGCACCCGUAUCGCUCCUUGAUCGCCCUAAAAGAGAACCAAGAUCUCAAGCUCAGCAAUGACGAGCUAGGCUUGGCUUGGUCCAUCAUCAACGACAGUUACAUGACGGACUUGCCGCUGACCUGCCCUCCACAUGUCACCGCCAUCAUUGCAAUGUUUCUGGCAGUCAUAUUCCUGCCAAGUGCCAAGGCAAGUGGCACAGCGAGGUCUAUGCCGCAUGAUUCACUUGCCAAUCCCGAUUCCACCCAUUGCUCGUCCCUCGGAGCUGGAGGUCGUCAAAUGCUGUCUGGGCCGUUCAAAAAUGUCCUAGGGAGCCUGCAGCUGUCUAAUCAAAUGGCUGCACAGAGCAACGCGAACAUGAAUGGGAAGGCAUCAACUGCCAACCAGUCCGAUCCUCUCCUGCAGCAACCGCUCGACAAGCAAACGGCGCUGACCUUGAUGAAGGAGAACGAGAAGAUAGCAAACACCAUCAAGUUCUUGGUUGAGUCAGGAAUUGACAUCAAGCAGAUGAUCGAAGGGACACAGGAGAUGAUCAGUUUGUACGACAUCUGGGAGCAGUACAACGAGAAGUCCGUCAAGGAUGUCGUGGCUAGGUGUCUCAAAACUCGUGGUCUGGACUGUUAG